ACUCUUCUAACCUGGCGGCCACCACGAGUAUGAAGAUAGAACCGUUAACGGCGAUAGAGCAGCCAGAGAGUGAUACAAUGCCUCCAGAAGAGACCAAAGGUAAAAGGAAAGGUCCUCGUAGGACGCAAUAUUCUUGCACAGAAUGUCAUAGGAGAAAGCAAAGAUGUGAUCGCAAGACACCAUGUAACCACUGCAGCGCUAGGAAAGUACCCUGUCUACCAUUCAAACCUGGACAAGACAACGACGUACAGAGUCGUCUCGCCAGAGUAGAGGGUUUGGUGGAGAGCUUGAUGCCUCUUUUGCAACCGGAUAGCACAGGAAGCACCUCAGAACCGCCUAGCAAGAGACGCAAAGCUAUGAGUACAGCCACAUCAGGUGACGAGGAUGAUGAGGAGAGAGAUGACCUCGCCAAUGUUGGAAUUGGCCCUGCUGCAUCUGGCACACUCCACCACAACGGAAAUUGGUACGGUCCAUCAAGUUUGAAUGUUUCGGAGAUAGCAAACAAUUUGGCUGAUAAAGUUGGUGGUGAUACUACCACCGAUUUCAAGAAUCCUGCCCAUAGUCCAGUCGCCGUCGACGAUCAGUUAAGUAUAGUCAUCCAAGAGUUCGGUAUGAGCCCUUCAAAAGUUGACACGCUGGUUGAUGAACUACCACCAAAGCAAUUUGCUGAUAAACUUGUCGAUUCAUUCUUUGCUCAUAUUAAUUGGACGAGAUAUCCAAUUCACGAACAGAGUUUCAGAUUGGCAUAUGAGUCUACAUAUAAAAAACGUAGAAGUUUAGAAGCGAAAGAUUUCAAAAAUCUCCCACUUGUUUUUAUCGUACUCGCAACUACACUGAGGUUUGCACCAAAUGAAGAGAUUGCAGUUGAAGCAGGCAGUGGUUUAUCAGAAGCCGAACGACGCAGCUGGGCAUUGAAAUUAUAUUGGAGCACACGUAGAUGUUCCCUACUUGUUUCAGCUGUACAAGGAGAUUGCACAGAGAUGGUCAUAUCAAGAUUAUUAAGCACUCGUUUGCUUAUUAAUGAAAGACGCCUUACCGAAUCCUGGUCGCAACUCGGUAGCGCUAUCAGGACAGCCCAGAGUUUGGGUAUGCACAGAGAUGGAAGCAAACUGGGUUUGAGUUCCUAUGAAACGGAAUAUCGCAGGAGGCUUUGGAGUUACCUUCAGCAUGCAGACAAUACAUUGGCUCUCAUUCUAGGCAGGCCACCUUCAAUUAUACCUGCAUAUUGUGAUACGCUUCCUCCAUCAAAUAUUGACGACAACGACUUCCAGAAUACGUCUGCAGAAGCAUCGGCGCCUAUAGCAAAACCUUUGACGAUACCAACUUUGAUGACGGCUCACGUCCUUCGUCACUCCUUCGUACAGAUCGUCGCAAGAUGUAAUGAACAUUUCUCAAAUUUGAGAGCACCUUCAAGCUAUUCGAAUGUCCUCAAAUUAGAUUCCGAUAUUAGAGAUUUCAUAUCGAAGCUUCCACCAGUUUUUAGAUUUGAAGAUCCUGACACAUCGAUGGAUAGUCAAAUGCCAUGGUUGCCAACGCACCGCUUUUUGCUCGCUGUUGAGUGCUACUUCACUAAGAUUAGUCUACAUAGACCUUGGGUACUCCGAAAAGUAAACAGUUCGAGGUACGCACCAUCACGAAAGGCUUGCUUUGAAUCAGCCAAGUUGGACUUCUUUGCAAGGGAGAGAUUCAAGAGGGAGACUAACAAAUCAUUGGGUCGUUUCGGUGGUGGACAAUAUAGAAUAUUCAACUCAACGCUCAUUUCCGCGAUCGCACUCAUACUUGAGCCAUUUGGACCUGAUAGUGCUCAACACAGACAUAUUCUCGAUUCAUUCCUGGCUGAACGGCAAGACAAAACUAUUACACUCCCGUGGGAUGAAGCUAUGAUAAAUGAAACUCGUAUUAUUCAGUUGUUUAGGGAUAAAGCUGAAGAAAUUAUAAGGUCUAAAGCCGCAGCAGCAAAUGCUAAUGCUAAUAAGUCAAUGAAAGGGAAGAGGGAAGACGCAGAUGGUUCUGACGAUAGCACAGCUGAUAAAGAUCCGUCAUUAAGAUUCGCACAACCGAAUGCAAACACAAAUGCUAACAUGUUGAUGGCUAUGCCUAACUAUCCAUCAAAUGCCUUCCCUAGUCCAAGCGCGGUUUCAUAUAAUAAUUUAGCGCCUCCAUCAAAUAUCGAUCAACAAUGGCAAUGGAAUGCCCAAGCGCAGGCGCAUCAUGCUCAUCAAGUACAUCAAGCACCAGCUAUUGAUGUUAAUGCAAACAAUUGGUCAUUGAAUGAUGCCCCAGCUGAUACUAUUGCCAUGUUGUUAGGUUUGGGUGUACCUGAGAUGAUGCCCUUAGGGGCAUUAGAUCAAUCAGUAACUGGUGUUCCUUCAAGCUCCUCGCAAGCUAUGCCUGAUGAAUCAACAGAUUAUUGGCAAAAGUUAAUCUCCAGUUUGAAUGAUAAUUAAUCUGCUCGUUAUUGUUUUAUAUAGUUUUAGACUUAUUUAUGUUUACUUUACAAAAUU